GGCGGUAUUUUGUUAACACGACUGACAGUUGAUCAUGGCCUUGGACCAUUUAUUUUUACCUACUGUGUUUUGUUUGGCCUUGGUAUGGGGUUGCCCUAUUCUGUCAUAUAUCAAGUUGCAUCAUCGUGGUUUCCCGAAAAAAGAACUACUGUUGUCGGAAUAAUUGCGGCGGGCCUGGGUUUGGGAGCUCUUGUAUUUACACCUAUCCAGACAAAAGUAAUAAAUCCUGAUGAUCUGCAGCCAGUAGCAGGGAAAUACCCCGAAGCCGUGGAGCAACGCAUCCCAAACGCAUUUCUAAUCCUUGGUGGAAUCGCUCUGGCAUUUCAGUUAAUUGGAGUUCUUCUUUUAAGAAUGAGUCCUGAGCUGUAUGGUCUUGAAAACAAUCUAAAGGAUGGCUUUCUUUCCGGUGUGGUUAUGGGCAGUUCUCUCUUCAAUUGCGUCGGCCGAGUCACCUGGGGACUCAUAGUUGAUCGAAUUUCUUACAAGUGCCCACUACUGAUGUUUCUUUUGCUGUGGACAGUCCUGUUUGCGACAUUCCCUUUUGUUGCCGCCGGAGCUCCCGGCAUCUAUCUGUACACGAUCUGGGUGUUUUUACUGUUCUCCAUGCUGGCGGGACAUUUUGUCAUUCUGGCUGGAGCCUGCAGUACUCUUUUUGGACCAACGAACUUUGCCACCAUUUAUGGUCUGGUCUACGCAGCAGCAGUACGUCAGCGUCAUUUCCGCCUACACGUUUGUUUUCGAAAAUUGCAGGUCUAA